CUCGAUCUCUGCUCUAUCGACCGAGGAGGUGGACAACCGCGCGUUGAAAUCACCGGGCGGGAUCUUCAGCAUCUCGCCGCGGUCGGUGCGUGCGCCGUGAAAAUCUGGGUCCGCGCGCGGGCAGGGACGUACGCGCGUCGAGGAAGAAGCGGACGGAACGCCGCGCACCGCUCGCCGAGCGCGGGGGAAGGGGCGAGCGUCGACGGAGUCGCGCGCGUGCACCAGCGUGCAACGCGUCUGACAGCGCCGGUGUGGCAGCGCCGGCGGUGGCACGUCGUGUCCGGCACCUCGCGGAUGGUUACGCGGUCGGCUGCGGCCGCCCUGGCGGUGGCGGCGGCGGCGUUAGCCCUGCUCCUGGACGCAGCGCUCGCCCGGCAUCAGCAUCACUCCGAAAACGAGCAGCAGUCCGAUAUCUCGCUAUGGAUCGAUCAGCAACAAAUUAAGAUGCUCAGCGGAGUGGCGAUGGAAAUAUACGUGAUCGCCGAAGGAACCGUCGUCUCGUAUCUUUUGGACCCGGACUUUGAGAAUAAAGUGCCGAUUAUUCCGAGCGAGGUGUCGCACGUGAAUUUCACGUGGAAAUCCGGCGUGAAAAAGUACUUUUACAACUUUUACCGUUUGAAAUCGUUCGACGAGUCCAUCCUAAAAACACCGUCGAUCACGAUUAAAAAGCAAGGACGAGUCCCCAAAAGGCCGAAAGAGUUCAGCGUUCUGCUACCUUGCGCUGGCAAUUCGGGAGUAGCGCAAUUCGGAAUAACUCUGAUAAUCGAGACGCGUAAGAAAAAGCCUCUAAACGGGACCCCGCUCCGUUUACUUUUGAGGAAAGAAUGCACCGUGCGCGGUGAGUGCGUCAGUCGCGCCCACGAUCAUCACCUCUUCACUCGCACAUACAAGCCCAAUCCCGGUCCGUGCCCGGAUGGCUAUCUGGGGCCACCUCAUUGUAAAAAAGCGCUUUGCUACCCAAAUUGCAUGAACGGCGGCAAUUGCACCGCGCCAGGAGUAUGUUCAUGCCCGCUUGGAUACCAAGGGCCUUUUUGCGAAGGAGGUAUUUGCACCGAAAAGUGCUUGAACGGAGGCAAAUGCAUACAAAAAGACGUGUGCGAGUGCACGAAAGGCUACUUUGGCUUGCGCUGUGAAUUCUCAAAAUGUGUCAUUCCUUGUCUGAAUGGCGGCAGGUGUAGGGGGAACAACAUAUGCCGAUGCCCGGAGGGAUUUAAAGGCAAUCAUUGCGAAAUUGACAAACGCUCGUCGCAACGUUCCAUGUGUACGAAGCCGUGUAAAAAUGGAACUUGUCAACCAGAUAACACGUGUCUCUGCGAGCCUGGUUGGUUUGGAAAGUUAUGUAAUAAAAAUAAGCUGUGGGCUUAGAGACUGAAAACGUGCGGUUAACGUUACAUCUUACACCAACCGACUGCUUCAAAGACCCAUACAAUAUUUAAAUUACGUGCGCAAGAUACGUAUUCUAACAAAUACGUGUACAAGACACAUAUUCUAACAAAGAUCUAUACCAUUCUAAUAAAGAAAGAAUCUCAUCAGGUUUCAAAGGCUCAUAGAAUUCUUGUUUGUUUAAUCAAAGGCCAGGGACACGCCAGCGAAACGAGGAUUUAAGCCCCGAAAACUUUCAAUUGAUCCCCAUCGUUAUAUAAAAUUUGCAAAAUUUCUAAUUUAUCCUGUCUCAUGUGUGAUAUGUAAAGCUCCUCUGUUUUAUAUAAUAUAUUACAACACUAUUAUAUUUAGUUAUUGAUACUUUUAUAUCAAGAAAACUCAACUAUUGUGAGAAAGGUAAAGAAUAAACAGAUCAUAAAAUAAUUUUCUAAUGAUGUGGCGGCAGGUGUAGGGGGAACAACAUAUGCCGAUGCCCGGAGGGAUUUAAAGGCAAUCAUUGCGAAAUUGACAAACGCUCGUCGCAACGUUCCAUGUGAACGAAGCCGUGUAAAAAUGGAACUUGUCAACCAGAUAACACGUGUCUCUGCGAGCCUGGUUGGUUUGGAAAGUUAUGUAAUAAAAAUAAGCUGUGGGCUUAGAGACUGAAAACGUGCGGUUAACGUUACAUCUUACACCAACCGACUGCUUCAAAGACCCAUACAAUAUUUAAAUUACGUGCGCAAGAUACGUAUUCUAACAAAUACGUGUACAAGACACAUAUUCUAACAAAGAUCUAUACCAUUCUAAUAAAGAAAGAAUCUCAUCAGGUUUCAAAGGCUCAUAGAAUUCUUGUUUGUUUAAUCAAAGGCCAGGGACACGCCAGCGAAACGAGGAUUUAAGCCCCGAAAACUUUCAAUUGAUCCCCAUCGUUAUAUAAAAUUUGCAAAAUUUCUAAUUUAUCCUGUCUCAUGUGUGAUAUGUAAAGCUCCUCUGUUUUAUAUAAUAUAUUACAACACUAUUAUAUUUAGUUAUUGAUACUUUUAUAUCAAGAAAACUCAACUAUUGUGAGAAAGGUAAAGAAUAAACAGAUCGUAAAAUAAUUUUCUAAUGAUGUGGCGGCAGGUGUAGGGGGAACAACAUAUGCCGAUGCCCGGAGGGAUUUAAAGGCAAUCAUUGCGAAAUUGACAAACGCUCGUCGCAACGUUCCAUGUGAACGAAGCCGUGUAAAAAUGGAACUUGUCAACCAGAUAACACGUGUCUCUGCGAGCCUGGUUGGUUUGGAAAGUUAUGUAAUAAAAAUAAGCUGUGGGCUUAGAGACUGAAAACGUGCGGUUAACGUUGCAUCUUACACCAACCGACUGCUUCAAAGACCCAUACAAUAUUUAAAUUACGUGCGCAAGAUACGUAUUCUAACAAAUACGUGUACAAGACACAUAUUCUAACAAAGAUCUAUACCAUUCUAAUAAAGAAAGAAUCUCAUCAGGUUUCAAAGGCUCAUAGAAUUCUUGUUUGUUUAAUCAAAGGCCAGGGACACGCCAGCGAAACGAGGAUUUAAGCCCCGAAAACUUUCAAUUGAUCCCCAUCGUUACAUAAAAUUUGCAAAAUUUCUAAUUUAUCCUGUCUCAUGUGUGAUAUGUAAAGCUCCUCUGUUUUAUAUAAUAUAUUACAACACUAUUAUAUUUAGUUAUUGAUACUUUUAUAUCAAGAAAACUCAACUAUUGUGAGAAAGGUAAAGAAUAAACAGAUCGUAAAAUAAUUUUCUAAUGAUGUGGCGGCAGGUGUAGGGGGAACAACAUAUGCCGAUGCCCGGAGGGAUUUAAAGGCAAUCAUUGCGAAAUUGACAAACGCUCGUCGCAACGUUCCAUGUGAACGAAGCCGUGUAAAAAUGGAACUUGUCAACCAGAUAACACGUGUCUCUGCGAGCCUGGUUGGUUUGGAAAGUUAUGUAAUAAAAAUAAGCUGUGGGCUUAGAGACUGAAAACGUGCGGUUAACGUUGCAUCUUACACCAACCGACUGCUUCAAAGACCCAUACAAUAUUUAAAUUACGUGCGCAAGAUACGUAUUCUAACAAAUACGUGUACAAGACACAUAUUCUAACAAAGAUCUAUACCAUUCUAAUAAAGAAAGAAUCUCAUCAGGUUUCAAAGG